AUGGGAACGGGCGCCUCGAGUUCAGAUUCAGGGUCGGAAAAACUGGAAACGGCAGCGCAGGCCCAAACGCAGGAUAAUCUGCGAAUAUUUUUAAAGCAUUUGUAUGCCGAGUGCGUGUACCGAUACCAGAAUGUCACAUACGAGGCAGACGACCCAUCAGUGCCACUUGGGGCAGCAACAGAAUACGAUGUGGAUGCGAAUGCGCCGGACAACUUCAGCCCGGUGCCGCGGUAUCUGGAGGAUGCGGUGCUGAACGAGGGCGCCAUUGACAUGCGGCACGUGGACGAGGAGGCCGCUGAGAAGGAGGAGCUGAUGGCCACCGUUUUCACUGCCACGAUGGCCACAAAUCAGCGGGAGGAACGUCUGUUUUGCCCCCUGAACUUUGACGGAUAUCUCUGCUGGCCACGGACACCCGCCGGCACUGUGCUGAGUCAAUAUUGUCCCGAUUUCGUCGAAGGAUUCAACAGCAAGUUUCUGGCCCACAAGACCUGCCUGGAGAACGGCUCCUGGUUCCGUCACCCGGUGAGCAAUCAGACCUGGUCCAAUUACACCAGCUGCGUGGACUACGAGGACCUGGAGUUUCGCCAGUUCAUCAACGAGUUGUACGUGAAGGGCUACGCCCUCUCCCUGCUGGCCCUGCUCAUAUCGAUUAUUAUCUUUCUGGGCUUCAAAUCCCUGCGCUGCACCCGCAUCCGGAUCCAUGUGCACCUCUUCGCCUCGUUGGCCUGCACCUGUGUGGCCUGGAUUUUAUGGUACCGCCUGGUGGUGGAGCGACCCGAAACCAUAGCCGAGAACCAGCUGUGGUGCAUUGGCCUGCAUCUGGUGGUGCACUAUUUCAUGCUGGUCAACUACUUCUGGAUGUUCUGCGAGGGUCUGCACUUGCAUCUGGUGCUCGUUGUGGUCUUUGUCAAGGACACGAUUGUGAUGCGCUGGUUCAUCGUCAUCAGCUGGUUCUCGCCGAUACCCAUCGCAAUCGUCUACGGAUUGGCCAGGCACUUCAGCAGUCCGGACAAUAAGCACUGCUGGAUAAAUGACAGUCUCUACCUAUGGAUUUUCUCAGUGCCCAUAACACUUUCCCUGCUGGCCAGUUUCAUUUUCCUGAUCAACGUUCUGCGGGUGAUUGUGCGAAAGCUGCACCCCCAGUCCGCCCAACCUGCUCCCCUGGCGAUACGAAAGGCGGUAAGGGCCACGAUUAUCCUGGUGCCGCUCUUCGGACUCCAGCACUUCCUGCUGCCGUACCGCCCGGAUGCCGGAACCCAGCUAGACCGCUUCUACCAGCUGCUCUCCGUGGUGUUGGUCAGUCUGCAGGGAUUCGUGGUGUCCUUCCUGUUCUGCUUCGUCAACCACGACGUGACCUUCGCCAUCCGAACGCUCCUCAACAAGAUGAUGCCCACUUUGGUCACAGCUCCGCCUGCAGGGAGUAAUACUGGACAGAUGGCCACGACCACGCCCAGCCGAGAGUUGGGCGUUUAAAAUCUAUCGAGCGAGGGUCGAUCGAAACCUUGACCGCAUCGCCGAGCAAAGAUUUUGAAUAGUUUCCUAAAUGAAACACAAUUGUCCCACAGGGAUUUUCAAUCCAGAAA